GACAAGUGAAGCUAUUCCAUUUAAAAAGAUGCCACUCAACCAAAGCAGUCGGUUAGAAGCUAUCCUUGAUGAUUCUACAAAAAACUUGCAUAUCCAGGCCCUUAACGUUUACCUACAAAGGGAUUUUGAUCAAGGCAUCACCAUACAAUGUUCCCAACAGAUUCUUAACAAACUGGAUAAAUUCAUUUGCAAGAGUUUAGAACAGGGAAACUCUCCAGCUGCCAGUUUGGGUUUUACCGUCAUUUACAAAUGCGGCAAAAUCCUGAAGCUACCUGGAGGUCAAGGUCUGUCUGUGCUAAUAGCAAACGGAUUGGUCAAAAAGAUGUUGCAGUGGUUUGAGAAGUGCAGACAGUUGUGGGUUCUUGGUGGCUCUUUGAGGGAUGAGCUUUUGUUAAGUCUAGCAGAGGACUUCUUUGAUGCUUUAAUGGAGGUUCAUGAAUCAGGUAAUACAGGAGCUAUUAAAGUUACAGAGUCCUUUCUCUAUCCCAUUGGUCAAAUUGCUUUUGACCCCCGAAUCUACAUCCUGAUUCAGAAAGAGGCAAUACGUAAGUUCAACGUAAUUUUGGACAAAAGCCCAAUGGAACUGAAGAAAGACGGGAAGAUGCUACGGUCACAGGAGGCGGCAGAUGUGAUGUCUAAACUGGCCAGCAGAAUAUUAGAUGGUGGUGAUUAUGACUUCCAGACCACUCUGAUGGAGGCUUUGUGCCGAAUGGCCACAUGUGAACAGAGGAAGCAGCUGGCACAUCGCUGGUUCACCAUAGAGCACGUGUCCACAGCAUUUGUCAAGAUAAAAGACAGCGAGUUUGAGACGGAUUGUCGAAAGUUUCUCAACAUGGUCAAUGGAAUGAGAGGCGACAAAAGAAGUGUUUUUUCAUAUCCAUGUUUGGAAGUAUAUUUGGACAAAAAUGAGCUGUUGAUGCCGGUUGAUGAGAAGCUGGAGGAAUUCUGGAUUGAUUUCAACAUUGGCAGCCACAGCAUCUCCUUCUACUUUUCUUUGCCCGAUGAAGAGGCACAGGAAGGACAGUGGGAAACUAUAUGCAUAAAUGAGCCUGAAGUCGAGAGCUACACUGUCAAAGAAGAGGGCAAAAGGAGGGUGCUGAAGCUGGACUUGUCUGAAGUGGUGGUCGUGGGCUCAGUGGAUGGGUCCUCUCUUACCAUUCACUUCAGCUAUGGCCUGGACAUCCUACCUGUGGUUCAAAAUGUCUUUGGUCACAAUAAAAACUUGACGUUUGUGGGGAAGACAGGAACUUCUGUGGCGAAGACAACUGUCAAAGUGGUUAUGGACAAGAAUAACGCCACCUCUCAGGUAAACAAUAUUGUCCCAGAAAGCCAAAUCUCCCUUGGGGAAAGUGACAAAAAUGUUGCUCCCAUCCAGAUGAAAACUCCAGUCAGAAGAAGGCUAUCAGAAUCGACUACCUACAUCAGCAGCAGCGGUGGUGGAGGUGCCAGGUCUGUCUCUGCUGUUCUACCUGCAGGCAAAUGUAAAGGGAAGCCCUCUCUGGAGAUGGUCAGCUCUGUUGAAAGUCAAGGACCUAAUUACUUUGGUGAAUUAAGAACAACAGCAAAGACUGACAUUAGCCCCGCCCCCAUCGCUGCCAGAAGAGACAACACUACUUUUGUGCCUGACUCACAGCCCACGACUGGCAGAAACAUUUCAUCAAAGUGGAACAAAUAUUCUGUCUCUGAGAUGCUGAUGAUGCCAACACAGAAAAUGUGCUCCCUGCCAAUAUCUGUAUCUCCACCCUCUUCUGCUCAGCACAUGUCUGCUAUAUCCUCAGGCCCAGUCCACCCAAAGCAUUUCCACACCGAACUCACCCAGCGCCUACAACAAGUUCUGCACGAGAGGAACCAAGACGCUUCUCCUCAAUGUGUCCCGGCCCAAAGAAGAAAAAUGUCCGUCCCCAAAGACCAUCCACAAACCAAGAACGCUGUUGGUGUGAGUGUGACACCGGAUCUUAAAGAGAAGAAACCUCAAAGGAAUCGCAAAGUCAAAGCCAACGGUAAAGACACUUCCCAAAUGGAGGAAGACGGUGUGGUUGUGAAAGCUACUGAGAAGGCUGCAGAAGAGAAGAUGUCUGUUUCAGUCAAAAGUACUGCUCUGUCAAGUAAAGAAAAGAGAGAUGCUGAGGUCACUGGUAAAAUGGUGAAGCAAAUCUCCCGUCAUUAUGAAGUGAACUCACUGAUCAAAGUGAAGGAAAACAAAAUUGCCCAGUGUCUGAUAUCACCUCUCACUGACAGUGUCACAGAUGAAGACUCAAGACUUCCCAGCACAAAGAAAAAGGAACAGCCACCUCCCAAAGCAAAGCGUUAUGUGAAGAAGCAUCUAUUUAGUGACACUGACACUGACCGCGGCACAGACCUGAGCUGGCUCAGAGAGUCCAGCAGGAAACCCAAGCCCAAAGUGACCAAGUACCCCCGAGCUAAAGUCACCCGGGGUCCACCGUCAUGCAAUUCACCUGAUUUACCUGCUUCUGUACCUUUAAAAGACAAACCUAAUGUGAAAUCAACAAAGGAUGUGGCCAAACCACAGCAGAAAAGGGAGAAAGCUGCUCCGGCUUCCAGCAGGAGGCCCUCUAGAGCAGCAGCCCAAGCCCCUAAAAACUACAAGGACAGCGAUGAGACCCAGUCAGAGUCUGAGCUCUUCAAGGUUGGAAAAUCUGAGACACCUGAAGAGAUUCAAGAAACAAACAAGAAUAUUAAACAGCAAUCUAAAAGCUAUGUUGAGCCUGAGAGCAACAGCAGCAGCCAAUCAGAGUCUGAGGAGAAGCAAACAGCUUUUUCAAAGCUGCUAAAGCCUGUAAAUGUUCUUAAAGAAAAUUCUGAAAAACCGAAGAACUCGGGUCAGAAGAAAGGAGCCCCAGUGAAAGAACAGAGUGGGACAUUGAAGGAGCCAUGGGCCCAGCGCCAAGUCCCAUCCCCGCCCCCUUCUUUUAUUGAGAGAAUGAGAUCUGCAGAACGGUCGGGCCCAAGCUUAGAUUUGCCCUGUUCCCCAGUUCUGAGCCUACAGGGGUCCCCUCUCGCCAUGUCCCCGAACCCACUGCUCACGCCUGCCCUGCUGCACAAAACGCACUCCACACUCACCAGCGUGGGACACCUCACAACACCCUCUGUCUACAGCGCAGAGAAGAAGAAGAGCACCUCAGGGAUACAGUCCAACAAGUCUGUGACCUCACUCGCCUCACUCACCCACAGCGGCCAAAGCAAAGCCUGUGGAGCCAUUAGGGUCAGUGCAGUUCAGAGUCCAGUGGAUCUGUCUUCUCCUCUGUCUCUGUCUCGGCCCUUAAUGACGUCCACGCUAGUGAACCAGGACCGACCCACCCUGCCCCCCCUUAUCCCCUCUCUGCCCCCCCUUCUCCCCUCUCUGCCCCUCUCCCAGCUCCCAGAGGUACACAGCAGCAGGGGCUCUCCUGUCUCUGAGGUUUCUCUCAAUCGUGGGUCCAGUAAGUCAUCAGUCACAGGCAAAGUUAUGGACAAAGCCAGUGCCGUUUUGAGGGCAGAGAAAACACCACUAAUGGAUGAAAGCCUCACCCCUGAAGAAGAUGUGGUCUCAGGUCCCAGUCACAAGAGGCACAAGUCGUACUCCUCGUCCAGUAACUCAGAUGAAGAAGACAAACAACGGGUGAAGAAAUGCAAAAUGAGAACACAGCACUCUCCACGAAUGAAGCCCAGGAAGCUCUUCAGAUCUGCAUGUAAAGACCAAAGCGCUGUAGAGAAGACCAGGAAAGAGAGCAGGCCUAAAGCUGCAAAGAAGUCAGCGCAGGAAAACUUCACUGCUAAAAAGAGAAGAACUGAGACAUAUGUUCAUGAAGACCCAGGCGGUGGGAGCCAGCUGCUGUCCUCCUCCCGCAUAGUGGCCAGUGGACAUUUGGACGCAGAUGUGGAGGACGGAGACAUCGAUGAGGAUUUGGACACUCCCGGACUCAACCCACGGGACAUGUGCCGAGAGUUCUCCUGCAAACUCCAGCAGAAGUUUAAGAGUCGAUUCAAGAUGGUGGAGGUUUACAACAAACACUCUUUGAAGACAGUCCAGCAGCACAUUUCUACAAUCAGUUCUGAGGUUGCCAAGCACAGGGCUCAGGGCCUGGAGCAGGUGCAGAGAGUUCUUUUGGAGGAGAUCCAUAAACUGGAGCAGGACGACACUGUGCUGAAAAACAUGGAGAAUGACCUCACUAUGCACUGGAACAAGCAGACUGUGGCCUUCCGUUCUUUACAGAAACAAGAGAAAAGAAGAAACGAAGUGCUGAGAAAAACGCUACAGAACAACGUGUGUCACAGCCUUGAGUACGAGGAGGGAGUUUUCACAUCUCAGAUGUGUCUCAUAAGGAAAGACAUGAAGUCAGCUCAGGACAGACUGCUCAGUGAAAUGCACGAGGAAGAAAUACAGAGUGUCAAGAGAGGUCUGCACGCCCUGUUUUUUCCCGAUGCAACCAGGUUUUAAAGUGAGAAAUCCCUCUGAGCACUACACCUCUCUUGGCUUUACCAAGGCCAUGUCCUCACAAUG